AUGUCACAGAGAAAUAAACAACCCCCCUCUGACUGGAAUACCUAUGAGCAUGGCCGAGCAAGUUCUUUCGGCUCCCUCGAAUCCGUGCCCGAGGAUGACCAGCCUCAAAGAUUCUUUUCCACUUCUACUCCACGAGACAUUCCCCAAAGAGAUGGACAAGAAGAUGGUGCACGGUUGAGGCGGAAGUCGUCCUUGGGCAAAAGAUUCGAUUCUCUCCGACAAAUGGGUGGCCCAAAUAGCAUCGAUAACUUUGCCAAAUCCUUACAAAGAGCUGCCGGCUUUCGAGAGAUCACUCCCGUGCGUCGGAACUCUGUCACUCUACAAGAUACUGAUCCGGAAGCUGUGCAAGAUGUUGCAGAACAGUCCACGGCCCCAAACAGGUCUCUGUUGAGGCAACAGCUGUUACACUACCAGAUGGGCCAUGAUUCAAGCUCUGCCGUCCAAGAUGACCAGCCAGAAGCCGAUGCACCAACCGAGGCAUCUAGACUGCUACCCAGCCAGAGCAGACAGACUCUAAGAUCGCAUUUCGGCUCCAUGGGUCCUGGCGCUCAUAAUCCCAGUUUGUAUGCCACCAGUUUUGGAAGUAUCUCUUCAAAACUCACCGUGACCGCUCGACAACGUGCUUCCAUACUCAUUAUGGAGCAGGAGGAGGCCAGCAGGCGCGCCAGAGAAGGAUUGGACGACAAAUUUGAAGAGGAACCUCCCCGAGUUGUUGAGCAAGAAGUCCGUCCCGAUGGAGAGGUCAUCCAGCGCAUAGUCGGCGAGUCUACCGUGCCCAUGACUGUCUUCAAUUCAACAAACGUCCUGAUUGGAGUUGGCAUACUUGCUUUGCCUCUGGGGAUCAAAUAUGCAGGUUGGGUGCUCGGUCUGACAUUCCUCACUCUGUCCGCCCUGGCCACCUCUUACACCGCAAAGCUGCUGGCUAAAUGUCUUGACACAAACACUGGCUCAUCCACCUACGGAGAUAUUGCCUUCCUUGCUUUUGACACAACGGGCAGAAACUUUGUCGAAUCCUUGUUCAUCCUGGAAUUGACCGGUGCAAAUGUUGCUCUGGUGAUACUCUUCGCAGAUAGCAUGAGCUCUUUGCUCACUGUCUUCGACAACACUACAUGGAAAAUCAUUAUCUCCAUUGGGUUGAUCCCACUGAACUUCGUCCCAUUCAAAUACCUGAGUUUUACCAGUGUCAUUGGAAUCUUCUGUUGUUUGUCUAUAGUUGUCAUCAUUUUCGCUGAUGGCCUCAUAAAGCCUCACGCCCCAGGAUCGCUUCGUGAGAUGUCCAAGACAUAUCUCUUUCCCGAAAACUGGGCGACGGUGCCUCUCAGUCUAGGCCUGAUCAUGGCUCCGUGGGGUGGCCAUAGUGUCUUUCCUGCCGUUUAUAAGGACAUGCGCCAUCCACAAAAAUAUGUCAAAGCUGUUCGAUAUACCUACAUUUUCACAUAUGGAUUGGAUACCUCAAUGGCAGUUUUGGGUUACCUCAUGUUUGGAGAAAGAGUUAUGGACGAGGUGACGGCAAACAUCCUUCGCUCAACAGCCUACCCCCAUGCAUUGUCCCUCAUAAUUGUCAUGCUUAUUGCCGUCAUUCCCAUCACCAAAAUCCCACUCAGCAACCGACCAAUGCAGGACACUAUCAACAAGAAAUUCUACAUUGAUCUGCGCCAGAUGGAUCCCAAAGCACGCCUUCGGAGCGAGAAGAGCUGGAAGCAUCGUAUCGCGCGGUCUAGCGUUGGGAUCCUGGCGAAUCUGGUGCAGCUGGGUUUCGCGAUAUUCUUCCCAGAUUUUGACAGUCUCAUGGCGUUGUUGGGAUCAUUGUUCUGCUUUACUGUGUGUAUCAUUCUUCCAGUGAGCUUCUAUCUCAAGAUCUUCAGCUCAGAAGGAAAAGAAAUCAGUGCCAAAGAGCGCAUGGGUUGCUGGGCCUUGCUCUUGGUAUCAUCUAUCUUGGCGAUCAUCGGAACUACGUUUGCUAUUAUCCCCAAAGAGAGGUUUGGGAUCAAGUGA